ACCACAGCUCGGUCGAUAUCAGCCCUAGAGCAGCCGUACACCACACGACUCUUAGCCACCCCGCCAUGGUUGUUCGGAGGUUUCUCCACAAUGAUCGUCGAUGGUCGCAGCUCACAGCCCAGACUGCACCAGCGUAGUGCUUGGGCUGUGAACCAGCAUGGCGAGGGUCUUGUUCCAAGAGUCGUUCAGCUAGCAUGGCUAGCAAGAGGACAAGGUUUUGAAACAAGAGGUCGGGAGAAUUCGGGGAGUCGCUGCGAGAUCUAUUAUUUUUCCGAAGAAAGGAUGGGGAGACCUGGCAAGGUGUUUUGCGCCAUAGUUAUUUCCAAAGCGAGAAGGGAAGGAUUCGGCUAUUUACCGAGGUAUUGGGAGAUCCCGACGAAGGCUUUGGCAUUUUAUAGCAAGAGUUUGGAGGCGCCGAUGAGGAUUCUGCGCCCCAUAUGUUUAUCAUUUUUCGACGAGAAGUUUACCACAGCCAUCCACACGAAAAAUUUAACAUUCGAGGAAAGUAGUCGAUUGGCUAAGGGUUGGGCUCGUGUAGAUCGGAUGACCUCACGCCAAGUCGAGGUCGCUUUGGCACUCGCAAAUUCGAAAGUCGAGGUCGCUUUGGCACUCACUUAUUUGCCUAGAGGGUGCGGAUGA